GAACUCCCCUUAGCAAUGCUAAUCAAGGUUUCUUGCACCAAAAACAGCCACAAUAUAUUCUUGACUAAAUUAGAGAGAAAAUUAGAGCCGAACAGAUUACUUUAUAAGGAGGAGGUGGGGGAGGCGGAGCAGUGUUUGAUAGGUUUGUUCCUCCUGUGAAUUGCCAGACUGCCAAGAAGGUUAUAAGCCAUGCGGUGUGUCAAACAUAAAGACGGGCGGUGAUUGGCUGGGCGUGCAGAUAGCUUGAUCAUGUGAUCAUGUGCUCAUUAUUUGGGCCUGUGCAGGCAUGUUUGACUCAGUCCAAUGCCACUGGGGACACAGCCAGCAGAUUUUCAUGCAUAUGAUCCGACAUUGAAAUUUGUGAUGUUUGUUUGAUGGUGAAUUUGGUAUUUAUUUGUUGGAAGGGUUUAUUUUUGUGGGCAUUGUUGAGUACUGUUUUAACCAAUGAAAUUUAGUCCAAACUGAUAGUUUUUAUUAUUUAUUAUUUUUGCAGUAGUUAAAAACAUUGUGUUGAUAUUUCAUAAAAUAUGAACAGAUUUGUUUGUUUAGUUUUAUUUUAGAUUUGUUUAUUAAACCACUUCUACACUCAACCACAGACGCCAAUGGGUGGUUGCCAGGGUAUUGCUGCGCAGUUGCUAGGGUGUUCUGAAUGGUUGCUAGGUGGCAUGGAUGCAGCAUCAUGUGAAUGUUGUAAGUUAGUGAUGUCAUUGUUGAAAUCCGCUGUGAUAAAUUCAAGAAAAUGGGCCAAUAAUAGGAGGGUUGCUGAGAUAAAGUGAGCAGCAUUAAGGUGGUCAUGAGAUCUCAACAAAUGGGCUCCAUAGAAAGUGAGUACAUCAUGUUAAAUGUAUUUUUAAAUGUCUUUAUUUUUUGAGUGCUUUCUGAAUGUACUUUUAAUGAGCCCAUAACUUAAUGUACAAGCGUAGGAGCAAUAGUAAUAGCAAUGGCUGUCUUUGCAAGCUCCACACACUAGAGAAGUCAUUGCUUUAAUAAAGCAGAAAUCAGCAGAGCACAUGCUGGCUGAGCGCAUUAUUUCCUCAUGUGUAACAAGCGUCACUUAUCAUAGCAACCAGCCCAGAUGACAAGUCAGGGCUUGUCUGGGGCCGAUCUGUGUCCCUUUACAUCAUGUCCUGCAGAAAAAUUAUUCAUUCUGCAGCUCAUGGUGUAAGGAUACUCUGUGAUUGUCUAUGGUUGUCACAGUGUUGGGGAAUUUAAGGAGAAAUUGCAUGAAACUUCCCUAUGAUCAGUGAUGAUCUGGUGAACUCGUAUCAUCUGCUCUUGUCUGCUCUGGAUCUGGUUUACUGCAACUCACUGCUGUGUUCGAGUCGUAAAGAUCUGCUUAACCCCUCUUUUAAAGCACUGCCGGAGGAUUUUAGCAGUAAGGAUUAUAAACCAGGCCCGGGUUCAUUAUGUUUCAUUGAGCAGUUGUGUGAACUUCAUGAUGGUCUGGUGCUGGAGGCCAAAGGAGUGAAGGAGCAUUUCUGGAAGCCCUUCAUCAAAAAACUCUUUGAACGCAAGAUUUUAAAAGGGAAAGAAGACACGCUGACAGGAUUCUUUGAGCCAGUGAAUUUCAGUGACAGUCUGUCAUCUCUGAACCGAGUGUACGAGGAACAUGUGUUAUCAUCCGGUUCUCUGGAUGAGAGAAUAUUUGUAGGAGAGGCAGCCAGAGAAGACGUUGGUACCCCCGGAACCUGUUUAUGUGAGGGUAUAGAGAACCAGGAGCGAUCAGCCAACACCCUUCAGAACUCUCUGACAGCUCUUAGGGUUUCCACUCCACUCACAGGAAGGAGGUACGUUCCAGACAGCAGCAUCGGUACCCCCGUAUCCACGGCGAUGCAGAGUGUGGGCCGCCUGCACACUCUGCUGACAGGAUUGAAAUACAGACCCAGCAUGAGACUUAGAGACACAUUCAGAUCUUGUGGGAGAGACCCCAGUGAGUCAAUAGCAGCCAGACUGAAGGAGAUGUCAGAGACUUAUCUUCAGAAUUAUGAAGGAAAAGGUGAAGAUAACAACUGUCUGGCAAGAGAUGUCGCAAUAAAGUAUUUCUGUCUGGCUGAAGCUUUAUAUUACAAAUCACUGGAAGCAAUAAUCAACCAGGAGAAGAAACGGCUGGGAGACGUGGAUCUGUCUGGCAUUCUACAACAGGACGUGUUUCACCGCUCGUUGAUCGCCUGCUGUCUGGAGAUCGUCAUCUUCUCGUAUCGACCGCCUGGAGAAUUCCCACGAGUCUUACAGAUCUUUGACCUUCCCGCUUAUCACUUUUAUAAGGUUAUUGAAGUGCUGGUCCGGGCUGAGGAGGGUCUGUUCCGGGAAGUGGUCAAGCAUCUUAAUCAUGUAGAGGAGCAGGUACUGGAAAAUUUGGCAUGGAAAGCAAAUUCUCUGCUAUGGGACAGCAUCCGAGAGGCCAAGAACUGCGUUCCUGCCUGCCAGGAGGUGAUGCCUCCUCAACACCUGGAGGACAAUUUAGAAAAUAACACAGUAGCUUCAAACAAGAGGGAAUUCAGUGCCAACAUCCCAACGGCAGGGAAAGGAGUUUCUCCGUCCCCCACCUCUCUCCACGAGCGUUACAGUUCGCCCCUUACAGGCAUUGCUCGACGCCGGCUGUUUGUCGAUGGAGAGACGACCUCUGAUCCCGCCCAACCUGUCAAGCUGGCUCAGCCCUCUCUGGUCACCACCAUCCCGGCUGGACAGACUGUGGUCACCAUGGCAACAGCUACUGUCACUGCAAACAACGGCCAGACGGUCACCAUACCCGUCCAAGGUAUAGCCAAUGAGAGUGGUGGUAUAACAUUCAUCCCAGUGCAAGUGAGUGUGACAGGUCAGAGUGGGGGGGGUCUGCCAACCUUUAGUACCCAUUCUAUGACGGGCACCCUAACCGCCCAACAGCUGACCGCCACGCCUGCCAGGACCAUCCAGAACAAUGCCACUCCUGCCAAACAGGACAGAAAGAGCCCUCAGCAAGGGACGCCCACAAGCCGCACACAGAAGACCGGGUCGCUUUGUCUGUUCUUCCGCAAGGUGUAUCACCUUGCCAGUGUGCGUCUCAGAGACCUGUGCGCUAAACUGGAUAUCAGUACAGACCUGCGCAGGAAGAUCUGGACGUGUUUCGAGUAUUCACUUGUGCACUGCACUGACCUCAUGAUGGACCGCCAUCUAGACCAGCUGCUCAUGUGUGCCAUCUAUGUCAUGACUAAGGUUACUAAAGAGGACAAGUCCUUUCAGAACAUCAUGAAGUGCUACAGAUCUCAACCUCAAGCCAAAAGCAGCGUGUACAGGAGUGUGUUGAUCAUGGCGAGGAAGAGACGUCACUCAGGGAACAGUGAAAUCACACACAGACAGAGCUCGCCCACAGAGGGAGCGCAAGAACAAGCAAGCGGUGAGAGCAGUCCUGUGUCCGUGCGAUCCAGCAGCACUCUUCCCAUUCCCCAUCCCAGCAGCGGCCCUUCUACCCCGACGAGGGCCCUCGCAGCCCAAGAGCAAGAAGAGGAGAGAGGAGACCUCAUCCGUUUCUACAACCACGUCUACAUCAAACAGAUCAAACAGUUCGCUCUGCGUUACUCCGGCAACUCAGCGAAAAAUGGGGCUGAAGCUCCUCCCCUGUGUCCGUAUCCAUCACUUCGGAUUGGCUCUCCACGCCGGGUCCUCCUCUCCCACAAUCACUCCAUCUACAUAUCUCCUCACAAGAGCCCCAGUCCUGUUCCACCUCGAGACAAGAUCUUCUACUACAUCAGCUCUAGCCCAUCUAAUCGCCUGCGAGAGAUCAACGUUAUGAUCCGGACAGGCGAGACGCCCACUAAGAAGCGAACCAUCGCUCUUGAGGAAGACCAGCAGUCUCCCGCCAAGAGACUUUGUCAGGAGAACCAGACGGCCCUUCUGAGACGCUUGCAGGAUGUGGCCAAUGACCGCAGCUCUUCACAUUAAUAAAUUUGUUUUUUUACCACAAAGUUAGAGAAACUGAAAAUGUAACAGAUUGUUAUUUCAUUUAGGAGACGCUUUUACCCAAAGCAACUUACAAACACACAUACAGAGUUCCCGUUCUUCACAGGCCGAUAAGCUUUUAUGAAAAAAAUCGAAAUAAUCAGCCAACCAAUGAUAUCACUUGAUUUUUUGUAGAAAUAGAGUUUGCGUACUUUUAAAGGCUCAGAUGUGUCAUGAUGAGAUUUGAAGGAGAUUUGAAGCACUUAACAAAGGAUUUGCUUGCAAAUCUGGCGCUGAUUUUAUCAUGUGUGCAUUUUAUAAAAAGCUAUUUUUCCUAAAAGGUUUUUUAAUAUAUAGUAAUAGAGUUCAUCUUAAGAAAUGAGAGAUGUGUGUGAACUCUUGCAAUGUGUCUAUGUAUUUGCUGUAUGUGCGUGCGUGCUCGGUUUAUAUAUUUAUGCUAUUUUUCUAACUUUAGUGAAGGUGGUGUGAAGAGCGACAUCAGGUAACAAUCACGUUCAUAGCAGAAAAUCAGUGCUCAUAUUUAUUUGUCUGUAUUUGUUUGUUUGCAUGUAAGUUUUUCUUCAUUUCCGAUAGGAAUGCAUCCAAUAGUUUGUGCUUUUUGACAACAGUUCGUUUUCUUCCGUCUGACAUAUGACGUGUAUUUGUUUGUUGUAAGUGCCUUUUCUUCUAGACCUGUCAACCUCUCUUUAUCCUAGCACAGCAGGCUAACAUUAAAUUCAACAUCAUUUAGCAUUAAUAAUAAUAAAAAAAUCAAUUCUCUGAAUUCUCAAAAUAAUCAAAGCUCUGUCAUUAUUUACAUAUUAUUUACAUGAACAUUUUUUAAUAUUGUUCGGAGUUCUGUUUUUAUGAUAACACUUUACAUUAAGG